CCUCCCUCGCUCUGUCUCCGCACUGCUGCCUGCCAGCUUCUGUUGUAUGUCACACGCAGCAUCCUCGUCUAGGGAUACCCCGUUGGACAUUUUGGGCGACUAAAUUAUUUUUUUUUUCUUGUCUCUCUUCAGAUGAUCUGAACCGAGACAGCCACCCUCCUCCGUCUGCAGGACUCGAUGGUGCUUGACAGGCUUGUCUGAUCUGGCCAGCGUGGAGAGGUGGUGCUGGUCCACGAUCAAAAAUUCCGUGCGUGUGUGUGUGGGGGGGAGGGAGAAAAAAAAACACCCAACAACAUCCACUGCGCCGUCCUUGCCGUGAAUGGACUGCUCUUCCCCUCCGUGAUUGUCUGCAGUGACUCUGAGUCAUUUGGCGGCGGAGAAGAUGGCGGACCGGGCUGAGAUGUUUUCCCUCUCCACUUUCCACUCCCUCUCCCCUCCAGGCUGCAGGCCAGCCCAUGACAUAAGCUUGGAGGAGUUUGAUGAUGAAGAUCUCUCGGAAAUCACAGACGACUGCGGGAUCGGACUAAAUUAUGACUCGGAUCCUUAUGAAAAGGACUCCCUAAUUCUGGAGAAGAAUGACAUGCACCACCCAGUGUGCUCUUUCCAGGACGACUUCCAGGAGUUUGAAAUGAUUGAUGAUGAUGAUGAAGAUGAGGAUGAUGAAGAGGAGGAGGAAGAGGACGAUCCCGAUGCACCCCCGUCUCCCUCGGCUUCCCCUCCACCCUCGCCGACUCUGGGCACCCUAAAGAGCAGACCCACAACGCUGAACCUCACGGCAGCUGUGUCGCAGGAUUCUUUGAACAACAACAGCAGUCUGUCGCCAAAGAAAGGAAGCUGGCAGGACUCAUUGCGUAACCCAUCUUUACAAGGACGCACAACUCCAACCCACUCGUGCUUGGAGGAGGGCAACCAUGUGACAGGACAAUGCCCAGCCUCUUCAGUAGUCCAGCCACCAGGUUCACAGAGUCAAGGUACUCCAGAAAAACAAGCAGGGGAGGGUGGGAACCCCCUUUCCCCUCACAGGCCCCUCUUGUGUGACAUGGAGGGCAACAGGCGGGAGAGGCUUGAAUACGGCUCAUUUGGUCAACUCAAGUCCCGUCCUUGCCCUGGUGACAAUAUCCAACCAAAAACCGACCCUUUAAUCCAGACCACUAGAGUACCAUCUGUAGAUGAGCACUCCCAGUGUUCGGACACAGAGGUGGACCAUGACCUCAACAAUGGCCACAGUCACAAACACUCAAACCGGCUUGCCACAGACACGUACACAAUUACCAGUGAGUCUGGCAUGGAGGCGGGGAACGAUCUCGAUCCGGAUGGAACCAGUCACUGCUUGUCAUCCACUGCACCCUUGGGAGCCACAGACGGCGCUGACACCCCCUUGUCAGAAGACGAACUAGAUAAAGACUUUGAAGUUGAGUUUAUGCACAAGGAGACAUACGACAUGGUGUGCAAGGAGAAUCAGUCGUCAUACAUUGAGUUCCCGUCUAUUGAACCCUUUGAUCCUGCUUCCUUCUCCAGCUAUGUAUCCUCUGGUCACUCAGAUGCUUUUGACCGACUUAAAAUCUCUGAUUCUCAGCCAAUGGCGGCGCCAUUAGCAGCAGCCAAUGAUUCAACCUCUCCAUCGUCAGACCCAGGGAUUGCUGACAUGAACCAGCAAGGUUAUGUAACCUCAGACCAGGACAAGGAACUGAGCUCCCCGGGUUCUGACUCUGAGCUUGAUGGAGAAGUGGACAUAGAAUUUGCCGGUGGAGGUCCUGUGGUCUCCAAUAUGAUCUCCUCCAUCUCAGAAACAGAGCUUGACCUUACUAGUGAGAGCAGCAGUGGGCGCUCUUCUCACCUCACCAACUCCAUCGAGGAGGCCAGCUCACCAACAUCAGACCAGGAACUGGACCCGGAUACAGAGUUAGAGCAGGACAGUGGAAUUGUGGGGCUGAAAGCAUCUCUCUUUCUGGGUCAACCUGACCCAUUCAAAGAAGGGUCUCCUCUGCCCUCUCCAUCCCCUUUACCUUCCCCAACCAUUGGCACUCCAUCCCCUGUGGACUCUCCUAUUUUGCCUCCUGAAUGCUACGAUGACGGACAAUUUCUGAUGGGCUUGCAGAAUGGAGACAACGAUCUGUCUUGCGAGCACCAAGCCGACCCAGAUGAGACUCUUCCUCCAGCCCAGCAGUGUGAGGACAGUCUCUCCAGACAGAUGGUGCUCCAGAUUGAACCGGAUCACAGCCUUGAGAGCUUCAAACGCUCCUUCUACCUACCAUUGGGCCCCCGGGUAAUGCCCACCGCAGAUGAUUAUGAUGAAACUAGCGAGGGGGAUUCUGAGUCAGAAAGCGAAGAUGACCUGAGUGAGAACUCUGACUCACCCUGGUUGCUUAGCAACCUGGUCAACAGGAUGAUCUCAGAAGGCUCAUACCCCAUCAGCUGUCCUGAAGACUGCUUCAAAAGAGAGGUUUCUGUGUCAGAUACCAUUUCACCGUCCUCCGACAUUGGUGAUGGAGAUAGUUUUUCUGAGGAUGACCCAGGGAAGAAAUCAGGAAUUAAUAGAUUAGAGGAUGAAGAGACAGAUGGUGAGCUGUUGAGAAAAAUUGAGAGAACUAGGGUGGAGACUACAAAUAAAGGUGUAGGGAUGAACUCUUGCCUCUAUAUGAGCAACACUACCGGGGACACAAUUGCCCCACUGGAUCACUGUGUAGAAAAUUCAAGAGAAACCACCAAUUACUCCUCAUGUACCACCAAAGUGAAGAACUUUACGGAUAAAUCAUUCAAAAACACUAAGAGACCAGAGGAAGAGAAAGAGCCCGAUAAUGACUUAAUGAUGCUAGAGGGAAGGAAGGACCUUGACUCGCCGAGCCUUACUGAUAGCAUCAUCAGCGACAAAGACACAGGGAGGGAGACUGAUCCCAGGACAAGUAAUCGCUCCUCAGCCUCUCUUGAACGCAUCACGGAGGUCAAACACAGCCUGACACUGGACAUACCCACCGCUCAGACCAACCGUUGCUUCAGCCUCACCUACUCCACGGACAAUGAUGAAGAAGAUGAACACGAGUACUCUUACCCGUUCUUGGAUGACUUGAGUAGGCAGUCUCACAGGGAUAGUGAUUUGCAGCUGGACAGGUCACCGCCUGUUGAUUCCUGUGUGCCGGAUCAUCCCUGCCCAGCCCGUGAUCUCCCACCUUGUGAGAAAGACCUGUCUCCAAAGCAGCCAAGUGUAGACGAAGGACUGGCCUAUGACUCUAUGAAGUACACACUUGUGGUUGAUGAGAACACGACCCUGGAACUAGUCAGCCUCAGAAGGUGCACAUCAGUUCUGAGUGAUGACAGCGAGCUCUCCACGUUGUGUGAUGAGGAGCCCCUGGAGACGGGGCAGGUGGACUAUUGCGUAGAUGGGGAGGGAAGGCCAGAGCUCCUCAGUUCUUCUGAAGACUCAUCCCCCGAGGCAGACAUCCCAUUUUCCAAGAAAUUCCUAAAUGUCUUUGUCAACAGCACAUCACGCUCCUCCAGUACUGAAUCCUUUGGACUUUUCUCGUGUACCAUCAAUGGAGAGGAGAGGGAUCAAACGCACAGGGCAGUAUACAGAUUCAUUCCUAGACAUGCAGAUGAGCUGGAGUUGGAUGUGGAUGAUCCUCUGUAUGUAGAGGAGGAAGAGGAUGACUACUGGUACAGAGGCUAUAACAUGCGGACAGGAGAAAGGGGAAUCUUCCCCGCCUUCUACGCCCAUGAAGUCAUUGGCCAGUCUAAAGAGAUGCUGGCCAUGAAACGUAACCCGGCGUGGAUGGAGACUUUCGAUGUUCAGUUCUUGGGUUCUGUUGAGGUACCUCAUCAUCAAGGCAAUGGCAUCCUGUGUGCCGCCAUGCAAAAGAUUGCGCUAUCCAGGAAACGGACCGUGCACGUACGGCCUCCCUCCCUGUGUGAGUUGGAGAUCAGCUUGCAAGGAGUGAAGCUGAUAAUGAGCCUGGAGGAUGAAUACGACUGUCUUGAUGAGUUUGACCGAUGUAGUCACUUCUUCCAAAUGAAGAACAUCUCCUUCUGCGGUUGCCAUCCGAAGAACAACUGCUACUUUGGCUUUAUCACGAAACACCCCAUGCUGAACAGAUUUGCUUGCCACGUGUUCGUAUCCCAAGAGUCCAUGCGACCUGUAGCAGAAUGUGUUGGACGGGCCUUCCAGGAAUAUUACCAGGAACAUUUGGAGUACGCCUGCCCCACUGAGGACAUCUACUUGGAGUAAGGAGGCAUUGCAUUUCUCCUCUUCAGCCUCGCUGUGCUUACACUCAUCCACCUUGGCCACCAGAGGGCGCUGCAAAAGGGUGUGCUCUUCAUUCUCUUUUGGAAAAUCUCUCCUUCUGUCCCUCUGAGACUGGGCUCUUCGUUUCAUCUCGCUGUCUGAUGUCCAUCUCAGUGGACAGUUGAAUGUUUCUUUUAUGUUUCUUUUUCUAAGACUAAGACACUAUUCUAAGACGCUGAGCACCAGUUUUAGUUUCAACUUUCCACUUCCGUCUUGUAAAGGAGCGACCUUACUACUGAUGAUACAGUCCAAUGCAUGGCUAAGAGGGUAACGACAUACAGCAACACAAACGCAGAACGGCGAGCAGUUCAACGAUAACGCUGCCUCCUUGUAAAUAUUUCUUCGAUGUUCAAGGCUGACUUGGUUUCGACAUGGCAGCAGAGUAGAGAGAGUACAGUGAGCUUACUUCCGUGUCAUGUACGUGUGAUGUAAAUAGAUGUACUAUAGGAAGUAGACAAACAAACAAACGUCAUCUAGAUUAGGAAUCACUCACAGUAUCUGAUGGCAACGGUAGUUUAGUUGGUGGUAUUCAAUGGCGUGGGAAACGUGAGACUCACUCACUUUCGUCAACAACUGUGGGGUGUUCGGGUCACACUAAAAAGGAAAAAAAACAAUUAUGAUAUUUAAUAAUUUUUCAUUUGUUCAGUUGUAACUUUAACAAUGAUUGACGAAAUUCCCACAGGAACCUAAACGCAACACUCCGGUCCGGUCCAGGAGCUUUUGUGUCUUCAUAUAUUUAUCAUAUAUCAUUAAAUACGUGUUAAAACACUUACAGUUAGGACUGUAACAUCAAUUUAUUCUCUGAAAAUGAUCAUUUUUAUUCAUGCAAGAUGAGAUUUUAUGCUUGCAGAAUUUUGACCUUUUUUCCAUCGUAAAAUGUGACUUUAUGUGACCUUUAUUCACUUUAUGUGACCUUUAGUCACGAAAUCUUCUGACUUUUUCCAUGCAAGAUUAUGAUCUAUUUCUUAAUAGAAUUUCAUUUUUACACUUUUCCCUAAAAAUAUUUAACUCCACAUAUUGACAUAAUUAUAUUAUAUAUACUAUGUGUCAGGAAUAUUCAAUUAUAAAUAUUUAUUCGCAUAACACAUUUUCGGAUUCUUCAAAUAAAUCUGGUGAAAUUACAACUUUUUUCUUAAAAAAAAAAUUAUGAUUCAUACACGAGAUCAUACACGAGAUUGGGUCUACUUUGCAGAAAAGUACGGUGAAAAAAUAUGACAAUAUAUUGCAGUCUACAAAUGUAAUUUCUACUACGUUACACUCUGUGUGUAUCCAACCGGCCCCGCCUCCACCCACUGAGACAAAUAGACUAUAUGACUGACAAAAAGGCUCACUCUGUUCAUGCCGUUGUUCUAUGGAACAAAUGUGGCAGGUGUGAUGAAACCAAUGCCCUCUUCCUGCCUGUUUAAGGGUGGGAGACGAGGACAACAGACACGCAUUCAUGUGGCGAUGUAUUAAUACCGGCAAAAUGAUCAAUUUCAUUUUCAUCUUAUUGUGUGAUUAAUUAAUUAGACAGGUUUUUUGUGAACAAGAAACCUUGUCACAUUUUAAACUUGCGACAUCUUGUGACACUGAUGACUCUUAAUAUUACAACCUUUUUCUCUAAAGAAACACAACUUUGCUCUUGUCUUUAUGGUCGAAGUACAAUACAGACUUUUUUCCUUUUCAGUGUGACACUAAUACUUCUUAUACUGUGUGCAGUUACUGAUGAUUUUGUCACAGUUGCACCCCCUGCUAACUCCGUCAAGAGAGAGCUCUCAUAGGGAAAUGCUUGACGAUGACUGCAAGCUAAGGCACAGUGAAAAGCCAUAUUCACACUCCAACGACUGUUCUGCAGUUUGUUUUUUUUUGGCAGUUGAAACGAGGGGAAACGUGGAAGUUCUGAGGUCUGAUCGUCACACGCUCUCAUGUUUAUUUAUUGCUUUUAGUGUGGCAAGGGGUUGAGCAUCAGUCAUAUAUACAUAAACGGUACGGGGCUGCAGUAUAUUUAACAGCUUAUACACAAAGAGGCUUUGUUUUGUCACUCCUCAGACACUGUAUAUUACUGUAGUGGCAGGAAAAAGGUUUAUUUCCACUGUCAUUUAGCUCAUGUAUAUAUACAAUAGAGACUCCAAAGUAGUGCUGUGUCCCUUUUCUUCUGUCUGUUAUUGAACUACUGAGUAUGUCAUUGAUUGAAAAAAAAAAAGAUCAACCCAACAACAAAAAGAAACAAAAAAACACAUUAAUGUGUAUGUAAUGUGCAAUAAUUUCAUUGGCUGUCUUAUGUUUUCCAUCAUUAUAUCAUACAGGUGGCAUUUUUGGGUGGGCGGAGAUGCUUCAGCAACAGCAUUUUAAGGACACAAUUAUUUAGCUAUGACAUAAUUCUGUCAAUGCUUCGCUCCAUUUAUGAUCCAUACCAUAUGUUUGUCGCCCUUUUGAUGCAAUGUCAUUGACACAUUUCUGUAUACUUAUAGAGGAAUACAGUACAGUAUGUGACUGAGCAAACAUAUCUUUUACCUUUAAAAACUUCAAAUUCAAAGGGGGGCGGGGGGCUCAAGGAAAAAAAUGAAAAUGCAUUAAAAAAAUCUGCCUUGUAAUGAAUUUGGUCUUACAAA